AUGCCUCAACUCUCAACGCAAGUCAACUUGGCAGCCGAGGAUGUACCUUACUACACGCCUCGCCAGGAUCCACCAGCCGGCACGGCCAAGACUCUCAAGGAUGCGCCUCUGCUGUUCCAGCCAUUGACCAUCAAGGGUAUCACGCUGCAUAAUCGUGUUUGGGUGUCUCCCAUGUGUCAGUACAGUGCAAGGGAUGGUCUCCUCACUGACUGGCAUCUCGUCAAUGUCGGCUCUUAUGCAGCUCGUGGCGCUGCAUUGACAUUCAUCGAAGCAUCGGCUGUGACGCCAGAAGGUCGUAUCACGCCUGAAGAUUCCGGGAUUUGGGAUGAUAUGCAUAUUGCACCCAUCAAGCGUAUUGCAGAUUUCAUGCGAUCGCAAGGAUCCAUCUCAGCCAUUCAGCUGGCACAUGCUGGCAGGAAGGCAUCGACAGAAGCGCCGUGGCUGGGUGGUCAGGGUGUGGCUGCUGAGGGGAAUGGAUGGCCUGAUGAUGUUGUUGGUCCGUCUGCCAUUCAAUGGAACGAGACGUACCCGCCCGUCAAGGAACUUUCUGUGGAACGCAUCGAGUCGUUGAUUGCGGCAUUUGGCAAAGCCGCUGAACGCGCAUUGAAGGCAGGUAUCCAGGUUCUGGAAGUGCAUGGCGCACAUGGCUAUUUGCUGCACAACUUUUGCUCACCGUUGUCAAACAAGCGCACGGAUGACUAUGGUGGCAGUUUUGAGAAUCGCAUUCGAUUUUCUAUUGCUUGUACGCGUGCUGUACGUGAAGUGAUUGAGAAGAGUGGUAAGCAGGUGCCCUUGUUUUACCGCAUUUCUGCUUCUGACUGGGUCGAGGGUGGUUGGACCAUUGAAGAUUCCGUCAAGCUUGCCAAGGUGCUUCAGAAGGAAGGUGUUGAUUUGCUGGAUGUCUCGUCUGCUGGUAAUUCGCCCCUCCAACAAAUCAAGACCGGACCAGGCUACCAAGUGCAUUUCGCUGAACAACUCAAGAAGGAAGUACCUGGCCUGCUGAUUGGCGCAGUUGGUAUGAUUUGGACGGCUGAGCUAGCAGAAGAGGUCUUGCAAAAAGGUCAAGCGGAUGCUAUCUUUGUGGCGCGUGAGUUUUUGCGAGACCCAUCGUUACCGUUGACUUGGGCAAAAGAAUUGGAUGUCACUGUCAAGUGGCCGAUUCAGUAUCAUCGCGCACCGAGACCACCUCAGGGUGCUGUGUUUUAUGGUGCUGGUGAUGAGCGACCUGCGCAGAAGCACGGUGCAACGGGUCAGGAGGCUGCCAAAGCUGCUGAUAAGCAUCAUGCACAGCAGUCAUAG